CAAUAUCACGUACUCAUGGCUUUCUAACAGCUGAGAAAUGAUCUGCUUUUCAGAUAACACCAUCCAGUCGGUUUUCUGUUGCUGCUGUUGCUGUUCAGUGCAGAAGCGACAAGUGAGAACACAGAUAAGCCUGAGCACAGAUGAAGAGCUUCCAGAAAAAUACACCCAGCGCCGCAGGCCGUGGCUCAGCCAAUUGUCAAAUAAGAAGCAAUCCAGCACGGGCCGUGUGCAGCCGUCAAAACGAAAGCCACUGCCUCCCCUCCCACCCUCUGAGGUUGCUGAAGAGAAGAUCCAAGUCAAGGCACUUUAUGAUUUUCUGCCCAGAGAACCCUGUAAUUUAGCCUUAAGGAGAGCAGAAGAAUACCUGAUACUGGAGAAAUAUAAUCCUCACUGGUGGAAGGCAAGAGACCGUUUGGGGAAUGAAGGCUUAAUCCCAAGCAACUAUGUGACUGAAAACAAAAUAACUAAUUUAGAAAUAUAUGAGUGGUACCAUAGAAACAUUACCAGAAAUCAGGCAGAACAUCUAUUGAGACAAGAGUCUAAAGAAGGUGCAUUUAUUGUCAGAGAUUCAAGACAUUUAGGAUCCUACACAAUUUCCGUAUUUAUGGGAGCUAGAAGAAGUACGGAGGCUGCCAUAAAACAUUAUCAGAUAAAAAAGAAUGACUCAGGACAGUGGUAUGUGGCUGAAAGACACGUCUUUCAAUCAAUCCCUGAGUUAAUCUGGUAUCACCAGCACAAUGCAGCCGGUCUCAUGACUCGUCUCCGAUAUCCAGUAGGGCUGAUGGGCAGUUGUUUACCAGCCACAGCUGGGUUUAGCUACGAAAAGUGGGAGAUAGAUCCAUCUGAGUUGGCUUUUAUAAAGGAGAUUGGAAGCGGUCAGUUUGGAGUGGUCCAUUUAGGUGAAUGGCGAUCACAUAUCCAGGUAGCUAUCAAGGCCAUCAAUGAAGGCUCCAUGUCUGAAGAGGAUUUCAUUGAAGAGGCCAAAGUGAUGAUGAAAUUAUCUCAUUCAAAGCUAGUGCAACUUUAUGGGGUCUGUAUACAGCGGAAGCCCCUUUACAUUGUGACAGAGUUCAUGGAAAAUGGCUGCCUGCUUAACUAUCUCAGGGAGAAUAAAGGAAAGCUCAGGAAGGAAAUGCUACUGAGUGUAUGCCAGGAUAUAUGUGAAGGAAUGGAAUAUCUGGAGAGGAAUGGCUAUAUUCAUAGGGAUUUGGCGGCAAGGAAUUGUUUGGUCAGUUCAACAUGCAUAGUAAAAAUUUCGGACUUUGGAAUGACAAGGUACGUUUUGGAUGAUGAGUAUGUCAGUUCUUUUGGAGCCAAGUUCCCAAUCAAGUGGUCCCCUCCUGAAGUUUUUCUUUUCAAUAAGUACAGCAGUAAAUCUGAUGUCUGGUCAUUUGGAGUUUUAAUGUGGGAAGUUUUUACAGAAGGAAAAAUGCCUUUUGAAAAUAAGUCAAAUUUGCAAGUCGUGGAAGCUAUUUCUAAAGGCUUCAGGCUAUAUCGCCCUCACCUGGCACCAAUGUCCAUAUAUGAAGUCAUGUACAGCUGCUGGCAUGAGAAACCUGAAGGCCGCCCUACGUUUGCCGAGCUGCUGCGGGCUCUCACAGAGAUUGCGGAAACCUGGUGACCGGAAACGGAAUGCCAACCCAAAGAGUCAUCUUGCAAAACUGUCAUUUAUUGUGAAUAUCUUCACCAUAUGGGGUCACUUAUGGUGAAUAUCUUUCUUCAGAGUUGCUGACUCUUGAAAAUAGUGCAAAGAUCACAGCUUUUAAAAGUUUUAAAAAUUUAAGAAUAUUCAGACAAUCGUUUUUCUAUGUGUGAGAGGGACUUGCACACUCCUAUUUUUCUGUAAAAUAUUUCACAUCCCAAAUGUGAAGAAGUGAAAAAGGCUUUGCAGCAGUCUUCAUAGUGGUGCUCUUCAUGAUCAUAGCCCCAGGAACCCUUGAGGUUCUUCUUCACAAGACUGAGAGUGUUUCCUUCUUGAAGACGGGUGACAUUCAUCACUUCAGUGAUCCAUGCAUAGAAUAUGAAAAUAAAUUCUUCCAACUCAUGGGAUAAAGGGGACUCCCUUGAAGAAUUUCAUGUUUUUGGGCUGUAUAGCUCUUUACAGAAAAUGCACCUUUAUAAACCACAUGAAUGUUAGUAUUCUGGAAAUGUCUUUUGUUAAUAUAAUCUUCCCAUGUUAUUUAACAAAUUGUUUUUGCACAUAUCUGAUUAUAUUGAAAGCAGUUUUUUGCAUUCGAGUUUUAAACACUGUUAUAAAAUGUAGCCAAAGCUCAUCUUUGAACAGAUCCUGGUGACAUUCUAUUUCCAGGAAAAUCCGGAACCUGAUUUUAGUUCUGUGAUUUUACACUUUUUACAUGUGAGAUUAGACAGUUUCAGAGGCCUUAUUUUGUCAUACUAAGUGUCUCCUGUAAUUUUCAGGAAGAUGAUUUGUUCUUUCCAGAAUAGGAGACAAAAGCAAGAUAGCCAAAUGUGACAUCAAGCUCCAUUGUUUUGGAAAUCCAGGAUUUUGAAUUCGAGAUGAAACAACCAGUAAUCACAGUUAAAUCUUAACUUUGCCUGCACUCUUUGUAGGAAUGAUCAGAAAUUUAUCUUUAUCAUUCUGAGUGCUUCAGGAGUACAAUAGGAAGAAAGAUACUGGAGAAAGCACAAGUGUAAUUACCAUGAAGUCUAACAACAGGAGCCCAUUAUUUGCGUACUGUCCCACCCUGUAUCAUGGUUCUCUGGGAACAAGCUUUAUGAUUCUCAUUAGAGUUUAAAUUGUUGAUUAUCAGUAGUUGCGACUUUUAAAUUAUAUUUCCCCCACUCAAAGAAUGGUAUCUUUAUAUAGCAAUGACAUUCAAUAAAUGUGUAUUAUUUCUAAUGAGAAUCAGUUACAAGAAGAGACUUGAUAGUUCAAGUAGUGGUCUCAGAAAUGUUUGGGCCGAAUGUGGUGGCUCAUGCCUAUAAUCCCAGCACUUUGGGAGGCCGAGGUGGGAAGAUAGCUUGAGCCCAGUUUGUGACCAGCCUGGGCAACAAAGUAAGAUCCUGUCUCUAUUAAAAAAAAAAAAAAGAAAGGAAAAGAAAAAAAAGCUAGGUAUAGUGGUGCAUGUACGCACGUAGUCCCAGCUACUUGGGAGGCUGAGACAGGAGCCCAGGAGGUCAAGGCUGCAAUGAGCCAUGAUUGUGCCACUGCACUCCAGCCUGGGUGAUAGAGCAAGACCCUGUCUCAAAAACAGAAACAAGUUUGUAUGAGAUGCUAGGCUGUUUCUGAGACUAUCACACCCCCUUUCCUAUGACUCCUGUUAUGGUGAGGAGAGACAGAAGGCUCUUAUUACUGAGACUUCAAUUCACAUAACAUGAAUUUACAUAAGAUAGUCUAGCUCAAGAAGACAUGAGACUACUAAACAGCAAAAGCAGAUGGAAGGGAAGUCAAUGUUAUGACAUAGGAAAUAAUGUAGUAUCAAUAUAUGGCUGCAGCAAGUUUCCCUUUCCAGGUUUUACUCAGCUUGGAAGUCCCCAUUUCUCUCAAAAAGAAAGAAAGAAAGAAAAAACCCAGCAAAGCCAAACACUGAAAAGCUAGGACUGAGUAUGGAGCACCUGCCAUCACUAUAGAUGUACCAGGUACAGAGCAAAGAGUGACACCCAGAGGUAAAUCAUUCUAAGAGGGCAACAACUAUGACAGUGCCUGGCACUUCUAAGAGGGUGCGGCACUUCUAAGGUGCUAGGCAGCUCUAUUCCUUUUGUUUUAACAACUCGGGAAAAUUUGAGGUACCAAAUUAGGAACAAGAAUAACUGGGGUUAUGUCCUAGGUAACUAAGAGUCCAGAUAAUGUGUGAAGUUUGAAUGUGCAUGGAAAGAGAUUUACCAUUCUUUGUCUAACUAAACAAGAAAGUUUCUUUAAGAGGUAGUCAGCCAGAUGCAAUGGCUCAUGCCUGUAAUCCAGCACUUUGGGAGGCCGAGGCGGGUGGAUCAUCUGAGGUCAGGAGUUAGAGAUCAGCCUGGCCAACAUGGUGAAACCCUGUCUCUACUAAAAAUAUGAAAAGUUAGCCAGGCGUGGUGGCAUGUGCCUGUAAUCCCAGCUACUCGGGAGGCUGAGGCAGGAGAAUUGCUUGAACCCAGGAGGUGGAAGUUGCAGUGAGCCGAGACCGUGCUACUGCCCUCUAUCCUGGGCGACAGAGUGAGACUCUGUCAAAAAAAAAAGAGAUAGUUAUACAACUUCUCCUGGAAAGGAACUAUGUUUUGCAACCAAUCUUAAUAUUAGUUAUUGAUCUGAGGGUUCUCUGGGUCAUUUGAGGUGAGAUAGUGCAAUAUUUAAACAGCUCUGCAUAAGAAAUGAAUAGGAGGUUUAGGGGUCAAUUGUAGAGUCCUAAAAAGGAGAAUAUAGGAGGUCAACAGAGAGCGAGGAGGCUCAGAAAAAUGGAAGGAAUUUGGAGGCCAAGCGGAAUAUAUAAUCAGUGAAAAUAACCUUUUGGCAAGAAUAGAUAAGGGAAUUUAGUAAACUUUUUAUUGAAGUGCAAUACAUGGUACCAACAUGGUAUUGGUAACAUGUUUGGACUGGCAAGCAAACUGAUGAGAUACAAUAGCAUUUAGCCUACCACUAAAUUUGCUUAGCUUUAUAGUAGGAUACAGGACAGGAAAUUAAGCAUGCAUGAUGUUUGGGUCCCUCCUCACCUGCCUAAAGAGUGUGCAUGAGCUCGUGGUAUGUGGAUGAGGUUGUGGUAUGUGGGGUUCGCCUUGAUGCAAAGAAGCUUCUACCUGGGUUUCCAACCAGUCAUAUAGGCCUACAGUUCACAGGUCUCCCAGCCCCAUGUACUGUCCCAUAGAUUGUAGGUUUCACAGUGCACAAAAUGGAUGUCUGUCCCUGAUACCCAACAUUCCAAAUUUAUCUUAAUUUGGGUCAUUUACAGGAAACUUGUGCUGGGAUAAGACAAACCUAAAAUUUCCAAGGCAGGCUUAGUUCUGGGAGAAAAAUGGUACAGACCCGCUAUUAACUCUUUGCUCACGCAUACAUAAAGAAAACUACACAAAUCAUGAGUAUAUAGCAUUAUUGAUAUUGGCAAAGUGAAUACAUCUCUGUAACCAGACUCAGAUCAAGAAAUGAUACAUUCUGGCCAGGUGUGGUGGCUCGCGCCUGUAGUCCCAGCACUUUGGCAGGCCAAGGUGGGUGGAUCACCUGAGGCCAGGAGUUUGAGACCAGUGUGGCCAACAUGGUGAAACCCCACCUCUACUAAACACACAUACACACCCACAAAUUAGCCAGGUGCAGUGGUACAUGCGUGUAAUCUCAGCUACUUGGGAGGCUGAGGUGCACAAGUGAGAAUCGCUUGAGCCUGGGAGGCAGAUGUUGCAGUGAGCCAAGAUGGUGCCACUAUACUCCAGCCUGGGCAACAGAGUGAAACUCUGUCAAAAAAAGAAAAAGAAAAAGAAAAGAAAAUAAAGAAAGAAAACAUUCUAGAAUUCCAGAAGCCAUUCUCAUUCCCUAUUUAAGUCACUGACCCAAGAGUAAUUAAUAUCCUGAGUUCCAACACCGUGGAUUUGUAUGGGCUAUUUUUAAACGUUCUAUAAAUGGAAUUUUAUGGUAUGUUUGUUUGAUCCAUCUAUGUUGUAUGUAGUUGUAUUUCAUUUAUUCCCAUUUCUGCAUUGUCUUGAA